CUACAAGCAACACAAUCAAUCAAUCCUCAACAUGUUCAAAUACACCGUUUUCAUCUUCGCCAUCAUCGCCUGUGCUGCUGCCAAGCCUGGACUCCUUCUUGGCCAACCAUUGGCAUAUUCCGCUCCAGUUGUAGCUGCUGCUCCAGCUGCAGUUGUGGCUGCUCCUGCUCCAUAUGUGACUGCGACAAGUAGCCAAGUGAUUGCCCGCAACUACAAUGGAAUUGCCACUGCUCCAGUGAUCGCUCCAGUUGCUGCUCCAGUUGCUGCUCCAGUCGUCGCCAAGUAUGCUGCUGCUCCUUUGGCCGCUCCUCUGGCUUACAGCUCUCCUCUGGCUUACAACACUCCUUUGGCUUACACCUCACCCCUGGCUGCUGCCUUGCCCUAUGCUGCCCACCCAGUGGCCGCUCCAGUUCUGUUUUAAGAACUUGUGAUGAAACUGAAAAUAAAAAUCAACAUUUUCAACUUAAAA